AUGCCGGUCCCCAGUCCAGCUUCCAACACCAUUGCUCUGCCUCAAGAGCUCGUUGGCUUCUUCAUAGAUGAGCUGCAGCACGACUCCAUCUCGCUACGCCGCUGCUCGCUCGUCUGCAAAGCAUGGUUGCCACAUUGCUCCGCGCACCUCUUUGCCUCGCUUCGCAUCUCUCGACUCCCGCUGUAUCAAGUGCUUCUCGACUUUCGAGGCCUCAUACUCUCGUCUGCACGGGUGUCAUUGUACGUUCGGCACAUCGGGAUUGACAUAGAUUCUCAGAAUGCAGCGGUGGCGGCGGCGGUCAUUCUUAAGCAUCUGUCGCAGCUCGAGUCCCUUUCUAUCGCCGGCAUCAAGCUCUUUCGCUAUAGCAAUAACCUCCCACGGGCUACCUCGUGUUACACAGGGCGCCCUCUUAAGUGCUUGAGCGCGAUACGUCUGCCUGUGGAUGUCGUGUCCGGCUUUCUAGUCCUCUUCGUCUCCGUCGAUAUCCUAGAUGUGCGCUUUCCCGAGCGCGCACAGCGGAAAUUUCCCUAUGUCUCGCACAUCGUGAAGAAUUUAGAGGUCAAGUGCGAAACGGACUCCACCUUGCUAGAUGUCGGCAGCCUAGUAGAUCCCAAUUCUCUCGAAAGCAUCACGCUUGGCUUUGGCGGAACGUACCGUCACCGAGCUUCGGCGGAUUAUCUCCAUAGGUUCCUGCAGUCAGCUGGCCAGCAUAUCCGACAUUUUGAGUACGGGCAGCCGGUUGGUGGAUGGAUUACCCUUCCCGACAGCAUCCCUGCUCUGAUGGCAUGCACAAACCUCGAAUCUCUCACGGUUACUACCCCGAAGGUUACGCCGUUCAGUAUGGACUUAUGGUGCGGCACCCUAGUGCUCCUCUUGUCUCUUCCCUCACAGACGCGACGUGUCGAACUCGUCACGAGCUGCCGAGGUCCGUCGAAUUGCGACGGCGCCUUCGAUGCCUUCAUACAAAGAUUCGGCCGGCACGUGGGGGAGGCCUUGGAGCACUGCCACGCGCUCGAAUGUCUCAACAUCGCUGCCCUAGAUUACUAUCAUCAGCCUAUCUCGGCCUCUGCGCACCCCGACAAACGAGAGGCCGUUCUCAAGGGGUUACCUGCGUGGUUAAGGGGAAUAACAUCAUUUACAUAG